AUGAAUCCUACCCAUGAGCUAACGAGUGAUUUAGUCGCUGGCGUGGAUCUCAUUGGUCGUGAGGCCGAUAUGGUUCGUGGGAAGACUAGACAGAGACCUACGGGCGAAUACGUUACUGGAUUAGAUGUCUUUCAUCAGCUUCACUGCUUGAACAAAGUUCGACAGGCACUAUACCCAGACUACUAUCCCGAUCCGGAUGGACCUGAGAUAUCAGCUUUACAUACAGGUGAUAUGACCCCGGCACACGUCGUGUACUCUGCUGCUCGAGACCGCUGGAGCCCCGAUUUUGAAAAUGUGCACACCUGUCGAGAUUUCCAGGUACUCGUGGAGUGGACUCGUGCCAGACAGCCCGCUAGUCAUGAUGAUAAAGAGGAUCAUCAUCAUCACGGAGACUCUGCGGCUGAGAUGAUGGAGCGGGGGCCCGUUGGAUAG